UCCCAAUUCGAUCAGCCAUGGAAUGGACCAGAGGCCGCAUCAUUGGCCGUGGCUCUUCCGCCACCGUUUCCCUCGCUAUGUCUCGUCGGACCGGUGAGAUUUUUGCAGUGAAAUCUGCAGAGAUUUCCAGAUCAGAAUUCCUGCAAAGAGAACAGAGUGUUCUCUCUUUGAUCAAUUGUCCUCGCAUAGUUGGUUACGUUGGAAGCGACGUAACGUAUGAGAAUGGUCGGCUCAUGUACAAUCUCUUCAUGGAGUAUAUCUCCGGUGGAACCCUCACCGAAGCUGUUCAAGACCACGGUGGGCAUUGUGACAUUAAGGGUCGGAAUGUUUUGAUUGGAGUUGAUGGUGCCAAAAUUGCCGACUUGGGUUGCACGAGAAGUGUCGACGAGCAGGCGCCGGCGAUGCCGAUUGCAGGGACCCCUGUUUUCAUGGCACCUGAAGUGGCUAGAGGUGAUGAACAGAGUUUUCCGGCAGACGUAUGGGCCCUGGGAUGUACCGUAAUUGAGAUGGCCACAGGACGUCCUCCAUGGCCAGAUGUUUCAGACCCAGUCUCUGCUCUUCACCGGAUCGCAUUUUCUUCUGAUAUGCCGGAUUUUCCAAGUUUACUGUCGGAGGAAGCAAAGGAUUUUCUGAGCAAAUGUCUCAAGAGAAAUCCAAAGGAGCGAUGGACGGCAGAUCAGCUCCUUAAACACCCAUUUCUCGAUGAAGAUUCGAAGCAAAUUCAGGGCUCUACCACUUCAAUUUCUCCCACAAGCAUACUCGAUCAAGGCUUUUGGGACUCAUUGGAAGAAUCAGAUACAGAGACACCACCACUUCAUGUGCCCAAGCAAUUGGUAUUGGGUUCUUCAAAUUCUCCGGCAGAAAGAAUCCGGCUGCUGAUCGUAGACCACCCAUCGUCAUCUUCGACUCCAAAGCUGCCCGAUUGGACUUGGGACAAAAAUUGGGUCACAGUCAGAAGCAAGAACUACGCGGAGACUAGUGGGUCGGCUUAUACGGUCUGGAUGAGUGACGAAGUAGAGCUGGAGUUGCUUAAAAGAAGCUCUUCCGUCAUUAAUGGAGUUGAACACCACAUCCCUUACAACAUAAAUAGUAGUGGUAGCAAUAGUAGCAGCUUUUCUAUAACCUGUAAAGAUGUUGGUGCUUUAACUGUAUCUUCCAAUCCCAAUUAUGAGUUUGCACGGGAAAAGGAAUUUUUACUUUCUUCAGUUUCAAUUAAAAGUUUUUAUUGA